UUCCGGAAGCCGCCGGUCCUGUAGCGUGACUGGCUCGGUGGGGUAGCUCCCUCUUCGUCACCAGGAGGAAGCGGAGCUGGCAGCCGGCUCCCGGCCCGUCGCCGAAGGCAGUUAUGGGCGCCGUGCUCCCGGCCGGGCUUAUCUUGUUCUCUAGAUUGUAAUUUUGUGUCAGUGAGCCAUCCAUGAAGUGCCAACAUGGGAAAGAAACGAACAAAAGGGAAAAAUGUUCCAGCUAAGUCUUGCUCAGAAUCUGCAGAAACAAUGUGCAGACACCUUAGAAAAGGGUUGGAACAAGGUAAUUUGAAGAAAGCUUUAGUGAAUGUGGAGUGGAAUAUCUGCCAAGACUGUAAGACUGACAAUAAAGUGAAAGAUAAGCCCGAGGAAGAAGCGGAAGACCCUUCAGUUUGGCUGUGUCUUAAAUGUGGCCACCAGGGCUGUGGCAGAGAUUCUCAGGAGCAGCAUGCCUUGAAGCACUACUCGACACCAAGAUCUGAGCCUCACUAUCUGGUGCUUAGUUUGGACAACUGGAGUGUCUGGUGCUACAAGUGUGACGAGGAAGUCAAAUACUGUAGUUCAAACCGGCUGGGCCAAGUGGUCGAUUUUGUUAGAAAACAAGCUGGCACUACAACUCGAAAACAAGCAGAGAAAGAUAAUGGACACAUUGAACUUGAAAAUAAAAAGUUGGAAAAAGAGAGUAAAAAUGAACAAGAGCGAGAGAAAUCGGAAAACAUGGUUAAAGAAAAUGUUCCAGUGGACUCUGCUUCCCAGAUAACCAUGAAAGGACUCAGUAAUUUGGGAAAUACUUGUUUCUUCAAUGCUGUUAUGCAGAAUUUGUCCCAAACACCAGUGCUUAGAGAACUACUAAAAGAAGUGAAAAUGUCUGGAACAAUUGUGAAAAUAGAGCCACCCGACCUGGCACUUACGGAACCUUUAGAAGUAAACCUCGAGCCUCCAGGACCUCUUACUUUAGCUAUGAGCCAGUUUCUUAAUGAGAUGCAAGAGAACAAAAAGCGAAUUGUAACGCCUAAAGAGCUCUUUUCUCAGGUCUGUAAAAAAGCAACACGUUUUACAGGGUGCCAGCAACAAGACAGCCAGGAGCUACUUCGCUACUUACUGGAUGGCAUGAGAGCGGAAGAACACCAAAGAGUGAGUAAAGGAAUUCUUAAAGCAUUUGGUAAUUCUACUGAAAAAUUGGAUGAAGAAGUAAAAAAUAAAGUUAAAGACUAUGAAAAGAAAAAGACAAUCCCAAGUUUUGUGGACCGCAUCUUUGGUGGCGAACUGACGAGUACAAUCAUGUGUGACGAAUGCAGGACUGUCUCCUUGGUGCAUGAAUCUUUCCUUGAUUUGUCUCUCCCAGUUUUAGAUGAUCAGAGUGGUAAGAAAAACACAAAUGAUAAAGAUGUGAAAAAGACGAUGGAGGAAGAAGAUAAAGAUAGUGAGGAAGAGAAAGAUGACAGCUACAUGAAAACGAGAAGUGAUACGCCUUCAGGAACCAGCAAGCACAUACAGAAAAAAGCAAAGAAGCAAGCUAAAAAGCAAGCCAAGAACCAACGAAGGCAACAAAAAAUUCAAGAAAAAGUUCUUCACUUAAAUGAUAUCUGUACCACUGACCAUACUGAAGACAAUGAACACGAAGCCGAAAUGUCAGUUUCGGGAGAAGUGGAAGUGGAUAUUGAGUCCAACCAUGGUUCUCAAGAGGAGGUUUUACAUACAGAACUUUAUGUUAAUGAGAAAGAUUUCAAUGGCCAAGAGAAAAUGAUAGAAAGUACAACUGACAGUGCAACUGACAGUCAGCAAUGUCCGGAGGCACUAGGUCUGAAAAGUGUCAACACUGAGUGUGAUCUGGGGAUUUCGACAUCUGCUCCUGAAUGUACUAGGGUUUUAAAUGAUGCCUUUCUAGAGGAAAGGACCAAUGGAGAACUUGACAUUACCAGUGGUUUAAAAAACCUUAAUUUGAAUGCUGCUAUUCAUCCUGAUGAAAUAAAUAUAGAGAUUCUGAAUGACAGUCAUUCUUCUGUGACAAAGAUGUAUGAGGUCAUGAAUGAGGACCCAGAAACUGCCUUCUGCACCCUUGCCAACCGGGAAGCUUUCAAUGCUGAUGAGUGUUCAAUCCAGCAUUGCUUGUAUCAGUUCACCCGUAAUGAGAAGCUUCAAGAUGCAAAUAAACUGCUUUGUGAAGUAUGCACAAGACGGCAGGGUCGUGGACCAAAGACAAAUAUAAAAGCAUCUCUCGUUUCUGUAGGUGAGAGGAAACAUGUUUACACCAAUGCGAAGAAGCAGAUGCUGGUUUCCCUUGCUCCUCCAGUCCUCACUCUCCAUUUGAAGAGAUUUCAGCAGGCUGGUUUUAACCUACGCAAAGUUAACAAACACAUAAAGUUCCCGGAAAUCUUAGAUUUGGCUCCUUUUUGUACUCUUAAAUGUAAGAAUGUUGCUGAAGAAAGUACAAGAGUACUGUAUUCCUUAUAUGGAGUUGUUGAACACAGUGGUACUAUGAGGUCAGGGCAUUACACUGCCUACACCAAGGCAAGAACUGCAAGUAGUCGUCUUUCUAAUCUUGUUCUUCAUGGUGACAUUCCACAAGACUGUGAAAUGGAAUCAACUAAAGGGCAGUGGUUUCACAUCAGCGACACAUUUGUGCAAGCUGUGCCUGUAGCCAAAGUACUAAACUCACAAGCGUAUCUCCUAUUUUAUGAGAGAAUACUGUAAUAACAAAAGUGCUUUCUCCGAAAUACAUCUAUGGCUUUUAUAUUGGCUACAUAACAAAGAUAACAAUAAAAAGUUAAACUAUAAAUUAUGUUCACAUAAGUAAACGACAGUUUAUUUAAAUACCUAUUCAUAAGUUUUUGUAUUGUCAUACUGAUUUUUAUUGUCUUAUCAAAGGAAAUUUGAAAUACUAAAAUCCUGUUUUUAAUCUGAUUGGGUGGUAGUUUUCGACACAUCAAUAAAAUGAUUUUUAAGUUA